AUGGCGCAACCAGGCUCCUUCUCGAAUCCCAACAAACACCAGCAGCCAGUGCAGCUCAAUUUGACGCCAGAUGGUGGCAAAACGCCACAGUUCUCGACGCCGCCUGCAAUUGGCCACCACCGGACGCCGCAGCGCGGUCCUGCACAUCAAUUUUAUCAGAAAUCUGCAACGUCUUCGGCUCCGAUGCAGACAUUACCACAAGAUGCAGGAUUCUAUAACCAACAGGCACCUUCUGCCUUCUCCCAAGACUUCCAGCAGCCAGGAAUGCAUGUAUCUCCUGCUCAGCAGUUCCAAUCGAUGCCGACAGGCUUUCAGCACCGUCAUCCCAGCAACUUAGAUGGAUAUGGUCAGAAUCCUUCUCAGCACACGCCGAUGAGCAACAACUCACAACAGCAGGUGCAGCAUCCUCAGCAGGUGCAACAGCCUGAUUUCAUUAAUCAGUUCUCCAGCAACCCGAUGGCAGGACUAGCGAUGAACAGUGCACAGGAUUUCCUGCAAAAACAAUCGGAGAUGUAUCUUCCGGGAGCUUAUGGCGUUUGGGGUAGUCUCAAGUAUUACUUUACUGUUAAUAACUCUUACGUUAAGAGUCGUCUCAAGAUCCUGCUGCUUCCGUUCAGACACAAGAACUGGCGCCGCAUGGGCAACGGCGAUCAAGAUGUAUCGAAGCCAACGCAGUACGCCCCUCCUACUCAUGACAGCAACGCUCCAGAUCUGUAUAUCCCGCUGAUGGGUUUUCUCACGUACAUUCUGAUUGUCGGUUAUUCCAAGGGCACGUCGAACCAGUUCAGCCCAGAUGUGAUCACAAAGGACGCGAGCUACUGCCUUGUGAUGCAGUUGAUUGAGAUUGGUGUAUUGGCUGCGUGCCUUUACGUGCUGAACAGCUCCAUCUCGUUUCUUGACUUGGUAUCCUUCUCGGGCUACAAGUAUGUUCCGUUGGUGAUUAAUACGGUCGUCUUCCAGUUACUCGGCUCUAUCGCCUAUUACGUGUCACUUCUGUACACUGGUAUUGCCGUAUCAUACUUCACGCUCAACUGCAUGAAAGGAAGCGUAGCAGAACCAACUCCUGAAAACCGCCUUUUCCGUAACUACUUGCUUUUCGGUGUUUCAUGUUUGCAGCUUGUCCUGGUGUGCUGGAUUUCUUACACCACCGCACCAGGGAAGUAG